GCUGCCGGCUCCGCCUCCUCCCGAGCUGCGCUCCGUUCCACUCCGGGACUGCGGGGAGCCGGGGGAAGGCGGUGGCGGUGUGGACACCAUGGCUCGUGUGCUGAGCCGGGACCCGGUGGACAUUGAGAACAUUCUGGCUUUAAAUCCCCGAAAACAGACACAUGCAACUCUUCAUUCAACUGCAGCCAAGAAGCAAGUAAAGAAGCAAUGGAAAAGGAAUUCUGACAAAAGCUGUUCGAACUGUGAGAAACUGGAAAAUAAUUUUGAUGACAUCAAGCACACGACUCUUAGUGAGCGAGGAGCACUUCGAGAAGCAAUGAGGUAAGUCUGGGUCACCAUAGCAACAGUCACAG